AUGCGGCUCUGUUUCGGAACUAUCAUCGUCGCGCUGUCUUUGAACAGCGCUCAGUGCGCUCCUGCCCAACGUCUCAAGGACCACUCCAUCAACACGACCGACCUCAAGGCGGGCUACGAACAUGUAGCCGCACGCUACGCAUCGUGGGCCGAGCGCAAAAAGAAGCAGCACAAAUCGUAUCUGACCUACGGCGGCCUUGGGAAGCUGAUGGAGUCAACUCGGCUUGCAACUCCCGCCCCGAUUCGGAAGCGCGGCACUGUGCUGCCGUUGUACGCUGUCGGCGGAUACCCAAAGAUGCUCGGUCAGACGUUCAACGUCGAGGUGGGCAUGGGCACGCCUGCUCAGCUCUUCAACCUGACGGCUGACACCGGGUCGACACUCACCUGGGCCGUGCAAGCUUCUUGCAAAGAGACCGACUGUCCUGGCGUGGCCAAAAAAAGGACUUACGAUCCGAGCAAGUCGAGGACGAGCAAGAAGCUGGGCAGCGAUCACGAGGCCUAUGGGGAUGGCGAGAUGGAUCUGACGCUGUACAACGACACCGUCCACCUGGGUAAGAUCAGCGUCAAUGCGGCCACCAUCGGAGGCGCCGACAAGACAUUCGAAAAGGAUGGCGAGCUAGAGCACGACGGUCUGUUCGGUCUCGGCAAGAGACUCGACGUGGAUACAAGAGCGGUGCUGAGCGCCUUGAGCAAGCAGGACAAGCGAUUCAGUCAGACGAUCGCGCUCGAUCUGGGUGCGAAUGCCAGUCUCGAGAUUGGUGGCUACGACUUCCGCAAGUACCGCAAGCUGGUCCAAAUCAGAGUCGACGACGUUUUCGGGUGGCUUCUUCCAAGGAGCAUCGUCACCGCUCAAGGUGCUGCCCAAGUGGAUCCAGUCGAUCUGCUGGUGGACUCGGGCUCCUCGGUCUCGAUGCUUCCCGCAUCCCGAAUGGACGCUAUCAUGGAUCGACCCGGGCUCAAGGUGCAAAAGUCGACAUCCGAGCCGAUCACCUACGCAAUGCCGUGCGAUACCAAGCUCAACGUGCACAUCUCCUUGCCCGAUGGCACCCAGAUUCCAGUCAAGGACGCCGACAUUCUGAUGCAGAGCAACGACGCGAACAUGCCAGGCUGUCUGAGUCUGCUCGUGGGAACCACCAAUCCGUUCUUGCCAGCAGUGCUGGGUACGCCGAUGCUCAAGAGCAUCUACACGGUGCUCAGCAGAAGCGCGACGGGGGACUGGAUCGGACUGGCACCCUUGGCGGCGUAG